UCAAGCUGCAUAUUGUAGGGCACUUGUUGCGUGCGCUUUUAACUCGGCAACGGCUCUGGCGUUGCACAUGUCUUUAAGAACCAGGGCCCUAAAACUUUACCGCGCUUGCAUUCGGUCCAGCUACCGCUGGCCGGGACCACAGGAGGAGAAAGACUACAUCAGGACCGAGGCCCAGAAGCUAUUCCGCGAACACAGGGCGCUCGCGGGGCGCGAGGCUGAGGAGCGGGUCCGGGAGGGCGAGAACCGCUACGAAAUCGCGUGGCAUUACCAGAUUCCCUACCCGCGGCUGCACCACAGCCCCAAGCAGUUCAAGUACAAAGAGCCGCCUAUUAUUGAAUUCGGACGGCAGGACUCCCACCCCAGCAAGUAGAGGCCCGUCUCGGGUGACUCGCAAGCGCAUCGUGCACUCCAUCUCGUGGAGGCAAUACAAUGACGAACUCCAAAGCCGACAUGGCACACCUAGUAUCCGCCACCGGGCCCACAGCGGCCGGGCGCUUCAGCACCGGUGGCAUGGCCAGUGGCAGCGGCGGCCCCACCACCUCGGGCGGCAGCGCCACCGGCGCACCCAACAUGGGCAAGCGCUCAGACGGCAGUGCUGUGGCUGCCGGCCACAGCCCCAGCGACGUACACAACAGCGGCGGAUCUGGACAUGGCGGCAGCGCGUUUCCAGCCGGUGGCGCCGCGGCUGGGCACAAUGCGCGCUCCUCUGACUCGGGCAACCUCGUCAGCGGUUCCAGCGCCACGGGCGCGCCCGGCUCCCCGACUCUACCUGCCGCGGUAAACGCGAAGGGCUCCACCUCAACCGCGGGCGGGCAAGCCGCGCCACAUUCCACAGGCUCCCAGCGUGGGCGGCUGCAGCAGCUGGGCCAGCGGCUCAACUUCGUCACAGGCCUGGGGCGCAAGAAGCACACCACCUUUGCGGACGAGUCCGCCGCCGCUGCGGCUGCGGGCGGCAGCGCCCCCAACACCGCCACCGCCGGCGCUGCCCCCACUGCCCCCAGCACGCUGCUGUCUGCCACCAGCGGCGGCGACAUUCGCGGCCUGAGCACCAGCACUGGCGGUGCCGCGGGCCCGGGAGUGCCCGGCGGCGCAUCGCCCACCGUGAACAACGUGGAGGCCUUCAACCCGCCCAACCACCCCGUGAACCCCUUCUCCUACCUGGCCACGCCCUUCCGGGUCAUGGCCAAGACCAAGGCGGGCGCCGCCAUGGGCAGGUACACGGCAGCCGCGCUGCGCCUGAAGCGCGACGGCAUGCCGCCCGCCAGCUACAUGUGGCUGUGGCUGGGCAACUUCAAGCGCUGGCACAAGCGCUACUUCGUUGCCUCCGAGGCGCCGGGCGUGCUGCUCAUAUACAAGCGUGCCAACAUGAAGGGCAAGGUGUGGAGCACCAGCCUGGUGGACGCCACGGUGGCGCAGGACGACUCGCACCCGCGCCAGAUCCGUCUGGCCACGCCCUCCGGCACCAUCUUCCUGCGCGUGCUGCGACCCGAGGAGCGCCAGCCCUGGCUCGCCUGCCUGCGCGACUCCGUCGCCACCUAUCGCAAGCACAAGGAGGUCGUGGACACCCUGGCCGCCGCGGCGGGCGCGGCGGGCGAGGCCGACGGCGGCGUCGGCACGGUGGCGGGCGCGCUGCCGUGCACCGUGGCCAGCAACGCGGUGGACCAGGACAUGGAGCAGCGCCGCCGCAUCCGCAUGCGCGUGCACGAGCGGCUUGGGGAGCUGGCGCCGCACGUGUCCGAGGUGGAGCGACACAUGACGGCGCUGGGCUCGCAGCUGGCCAACACCGCGGCUGGCUUCGGGCACCUGUCCACUCCGCUGCUGCCGCACCACAGCUCCAUUGGCGCGGCGCUGAGCUCCCGCGGCGCGCGCGCACCGGGCGCCAGCGCCGAGCACGGCCCUUCGCCUGCAGCCAACAACAUCAGCGGCUCGGGCGCAGGGACUGAGCCGGUGGCGCCCUCGCCCACUGGCCCCAGCGGGCGGCAGUCACACAGCGGGCGCGGCAGCGGCGGCGCCGCGGGGCUUGCGGCCGCGGCUGUGCAGGCGGCUGACAGGGAGCCGUCGCAGGAGCGGCUGGGGCUCAUCGCGCGCAGCCGCAGCCGCUCUCGCGCAGCUGCACCAGGCGUGCCUGCGGCCACGCUGACGGGCGCCAUGGCGGCGCUGAUGGAGGCGGUGCGGGCGGCGCUGCACGCUGACGCGCUGCGCAUCACAACGCUUGAGGCGGAGAACGCGGCGCUCAACAAGACGCUGCAGAUUGUGCGCACCAACGCCAACCGCAGCGGCGCCCGCUCGCGCGGUCUCAGCACGCCCGGCGUGUCGGGCAUCACCGGCGCAGCCGCUGCCCGCGCCACAGUUGCGGCCGCGGCUGCGGCCGCGGGCAGCCACGCCGAUGACGCUAUGAGCGAGGGCAGCGCCUGCACCGCGGACGAGGACGCAUUCGAUGUGGUGGAGGCGUUCGAUGACGACGACGACGAGGGCGGCCCCUUCGCGGCGCUUGGCCACUACCCCGGCGCGGGAGACGAGGAGAUGGAGGGCGAGGAGGACGACGAGGAUGCGGAGGAGGACGCGGCGGAGCUGGCGCAGCAGGCAGAGGUGCUCAACGCACUGGAGGUGGUGCGCCAGGUGGAGUACAUCUCCGCCAACCACAACGCGGAGCAGCUCAAGAACCUUCUGGCCGCAGACACGCCGCCGCCGCCGGACGCGGAGGAGGACGAGGGCAAGGGCAGGCACAAGGGCGGCAAGGGCAAGGGCGAGGAGACCGACGCCACGCUGGGCGAAGACGAUGACGACGACGAUGACGACAGUGACGCCGCGCUCAUGGCCACCACUGGCGGCGGGCCGUCCGGCGCCGGCGCGCUCAUCCGCGCCGGCUCCACCGCCUACGCCAUGGGCGGCCGCGCGCGCGUGUAUGAGGGCCGCGACCGGCUGCCAGCGCCCAAGCCGCUGGGGCGCGGCUUCAGCAUCUGGAGCAUCCUGAAGAACAUGAUCGGUCGCGACCUGACCAAGAUCACCAUGCCGGCGACCAUCAACGAGCCCACCUCCAUGACGCAGCGCAUGGCCGAGGUGCUGGAGAACCGCUCACUGCUGGAGAAGGCGGCGGUCGAGACCAACAGUCUGGACCGGCUGAUGCUGGUGGCCUGCUGGCUGCUGGCGGGCUACAACAGCCAGCCGCAGCGCGACAACAAGCCCUUCAACCCGCUGCUGGGAGAGACCUACGAGUGGGUGGCGCCGGACGGCACGGCCAGGUACCUGUGCGAGCAAGUCAGCCACCACCCGCCCGUGUCGUGCUUCGUGGGCGAGGGCGCAGGCGAGCAGGGCUACUCCUUCUACGGCGAGGUGGAGACCAAGACCAAGUUCUGGGGCAAGGCCAUUGAGUGCAUCCUGGCCGGACACAUGGCGGUCAAGCUCAAGGCCUGGGGCGAGGAGUACAGGUUCAACCUGGGCACCAUCACCAUCAACGACGUCAUCCUGGGCCGCUUCUGGAUCGACCUGUCCUGCGACAUGAAGAUCCGCAACGAGCAGACCGGCGAGACGGCGAGGCUGUUCAUCAAGCCCUGCCGCGGCGUGCUCAAGGAGCGCGGCAAGUGCGAGGGCGUGGUGUACGACGCGCUCGGCAAGGAGGUGUGGAAGAUCAGCGGCAGCACUAUGGUGGCGCUGAACGCGACGCUCACGCCCGCGGCGGCGGAGGAGCGCGGCGCCAGCACCGACCCGCAGCUGGUCUGGACGCGGACACCCGAGGUGCCCAACCCCACAGAGCAGUACUGCAUGACACGGUUUGCGCUGGGCAUGAACGACCCCGCCGACCCCAUCAUGCCCUUCCUGCCGCCCACCGACUGCCGCUUCCGACCCGACAUCCGCGCGCUGGAGCUGGGCGAGUGGAACCGGGCCACGUCGGAGAAGCUGCGGCUGGAGGAGAAGCAGCGCUCGGCGCGCAAGGAGCGCAAGGAAGCCGGCAUUGAGUACCAUCCGCGCUGGUUCAAGCAGGUGAUGUUCGGCACCAAGGAGGCCACGCAGCUGGCCACGCAGCCGGGCGCCGUGUGGGCGUGGACGGGCGAGUACUGGGAGGCGCGCGAGAAGAAGGCCUGGGGCGAGCUGCCGGACAUUUACUGAUAAAGCGGCUGGCAGCAGCAGUGGUGGUGGCAGGCGCUGAUAGCAGCGGGUAAGGCAGUGGUAGAUGGCGCUGCGGCCGGCGGCGGCAGCAGAGUGGCGACGCGAUGCAACAGAGGAGGGCAGCUGUCCUGAGAGGGCAGCAGGCUUCGCCGCGGCUGAGCAGCGAACGGAAGAUGGAGGCAGCAGGUCGCGACCGGUGGUAUGGCGCCCAGGUUGAAGUGAGUGUGUGGGUGGGCGCAGGCCUUGACGCGCAGAUAAGGCGCGCCGGUGACUGACGGCCGCCUCUUGUGCACGGGGAACGGCUGUCGCUUGAGGUCCAUGUGGGUCGUGGCGCAUGAUGGUAGCAUGCAGGGAGCUGCGUGUACAUGGUAUUUGCAACGGUUUACAGGCCCCUCCACGGGUGCGACAUGGCCCCACGGUAUUAGGGCCAUCCGUGGCUCUCGCCAACACGGCGUCCCCACACGCCAAAGCAAUGUGUUGAGUUUGCGCCUAGAACAGACGACCACUCAGGACGGUGUGAGAGGGCUAUCGCUGAGACGAUCAACCUAUCUAGCUCCGCACAUCACGGACCUAGGCCGGACGGCUGGGAGGACAGCAUCAACUUUCCUCCAGACUCUGCACACAAGCUGCAACACAUUGGAGGGGAGACACAGGCCACGCUCACCAGCGGGCCAUUGACUGUCAUCAUGUUCGCGUGCAGAUGGCUCGGCUUGUGUGUUCAGUUGGGGGCGUACUGCUUACUGUUUCAGUUGGGGGCUUUGGAUAAUCACGGGAAUGGCGUUGUCGGGAACCGUGGUGAGACUGAUUCGAAGGGGCCCUCUGGCGUUUCAUGUACAUAUACCGUAUACCCGUCUCAUCUUAUCCUUUUUGGCACAGGCACAGUACUAGGUUCCUGGGUAGCAUAUGUGAUUGGGGGAUCGGGCUGUGCGCCACGUCGGAAGGCGGCAGCGAGGUGCAUGGUUGUUCGGCGGAGGGGUCAACGGGCCCAAAGUGGUGAGGCCGCGGGACAUAACGGAUCACUGCUGUGGCCCUGUAAAGGCACGAGUUA